GCCUCAAGAUCUCUCAUCCCGAGUCCAUCGCAAGGAAUUCUACUCAUGCCUUUGAUCGAGGUGAUUGCAAAUGAUCGUCUGGGUCGUAAAGUCCGAGUCAAGUGCAGCCCGGAUGACACUGUGGGCGACCUGAAGAAGCUCAUUGCCGCUCAAACCGGUACAGAUUUCAAGAAGAUCCAGCUGAAGAAAUGGUAUACGAUCUACAAGGACCACAUCACGCUCUCAGAUUAUGAGAUCCACGAUGGUAUGAGUUUGGAGAUGUAUUAGGCCCUCUAGAGUAAGAGAGAAUGAAUGUGCAGAAGCAGACUCAUGGCUGUUAACUGUUUCUUCAUUAUCGACAUGUAUUAACAGCCUUGUGCGCCAAUUAAUCACUUGUUGGAGAGUUAUAUCAUUAUUUGGCUCGUCGAGGAUUUCUAUCAUCGCAGGUGGUCUGGGAAGGAUCAUCGAUGAGCUCUUGAUACGUGAUGUCUGUGACUUGAUCGC